AUGGCAUCGGAAGCUGGUCUGCCCCGCGCCACCUUUGCAAAACUCUCCCCCCAUCCGUACCUGCUCGCCAACCUCGAUCCCUCAGACCAUCGUGUCCCACCUGCACGAAGCAACGGUCGAGCUCCCGAUGAAGUCCGUCCGACGACAGUCAAUCUCUCGAGCUUGUCAAACCCUCAAGGCAGUGCCCUGGUUCGUAUGGGGGACACAACAGUCAUCUGCGGCAUUCGCGGCGAGACGAUAUUAACACAACAAAUUCCCAACUAUCGAGCUUCCAACACAGAAGCCGAACUCAAGGACUACGACCUCCUUGUACCAAACAUAGAACUUGCCACAGGCUGUGCACCCCAGUUCUUGCCAGGCGGGCCUCCGAGUACCUUGGCUCAGACCCUCAGCACUAGGAUCUACUCACUCCUUCACGGCUCCAAACUGAUUCAACCUGACGAUUUGCGCAUAUGGCACUCAAAGCCGCCAGAGCAACUAGCUGCCGAUGAGGACGAGAUGGACCAAGACGAUCAAGACGACGACUAUGCAUCGGGCGAUGCAUAUGUUGCAGCAUAUUGGGUUCUUUUCAUUGAUAUAUUCUUCAUCUCUUUUGACGGAAAUCCGUUCGACGCGGCCUGGGCGGCAGCACUGGCUGCCUUGCGGGACACGAAGCUUCCCAGGGCUCGUUACGACCCUGACCGUGACAUGAUCAUCUGCUCAAGGAAGGACCCCAAACCCCUCACAAUUACCACCAUGCCUGUGGCUUGCACUGCCGUGGUGUUUACUGGCAAAGAGACUGAUCGGCCGUUUGACGGCAAGUUCUGGCUUCUGGUGGAUCCUGAUCGACUGGAGGAGUCCCUUUGCGACGAGAGCAUCACCAUCGUGGUGGAUUGCCAGAUUGGAAAUACAAAGAUACUCUCAAUAUCCAAGCAUGGAGGCGUGGUGUUGUCACCUCAACUUUUAAAGUCACAGAGUUUCAUCAACUGGGCUAAUCAGAGGUGGAAGGGCGUGGCAACUGCGAUAACUGGCAACUAA